ACACCGCCGCCGUAGCAGCCACCGCCGUGAGUUCUUCGGGUGGUGUGUGUUAUGCUAGCAGCAGCAGCUGCUUUCCGUGCUGAUAGAGCAGAGCAUCGGCUGCCGUCGUGAAAUCUCUGUCUUCCGGUGUGAAGUGGUGAAGUGAUCUGUUUCGAUUCUAUCGGAAGGCUCGGACAGCACCGUCCUCAGUCAUGGGAAACCGCAGCUCUAUCAUGCUUUCCGAGGAGGAAAUCAACGAAAUCCAACAGGAGACAGGUUUCUCCCCGAAUCAAAUCGAACGAUUAUACUCUCGCUUCGUGAACUUGGACCGCAGCGACAACGGAAGUCUGUCCCGCGAGGACUUGCUCCGCAUUCCAGAAUUAGCCAUCAAUCCACUGGGAGACCGAAUUGUUCACACAAUUUUCGCUGAUGCGUUCGACGACCGCAUCAAUUUCCGUCAGUUCAUGCGGGUUCUCUCACGUUUCCGGCCAAUUAAGAAAAACAAGGACAACAAACUCAACUCUCGCGAGCAGAAACUACAGUUCGCCUUCAAGAUGUACGACCUAGACGACGACAAUAAAAUUUCUCGCGACGAGCUGCUCGCUGUACUCCACAUGAUGGUCGGCGCCAAUAUCUCCAACGAUCAGUUGAGUUCGAUCGCCGACCGAACGAUCAUGGAAGCAGACCAAGAUGGAGACAACAUGAUCUCGUUCGAGGAAUUUUGUGCGACUCUGGCGAAGACCGACGUAGAAGAGAAGAUGAGCAUUCGCUUCCUGAACUAGAUCAUACCCAUAUAUUUUUCGCUCUACGAAAGGACCACAAUUAGUCAGUCAAUCAAACAGUCAGUCAGUCUGUCGGAGCCGCGCGCUCUCUAAUUGGAAAGAAUGACUGCCGGCCAAGUUAGCAUCUCAGUCCGUAGGUGGAGGGUUCCCAUAGGCGCCCAGCUCUGAUUUGAUGUUAUUCCGUUUCCCCGAUGAGAUUGACUCGAGAGAAAAAAACGUCUCCAAGGUCGAGAGCAGAGCGGGCGGUAUCGGCAUCCUAUGAGGGCUCCCUUGAUAAGGGCU